AUGGCUUCAACUUCCUCCCUCGCUCUCUCUCAAGCUCUCCUUGGUCGUGCCAUCUCUCACCAUGGCUCUGACCAGCGUGUCUCCUUACCAACCUUCUCUGGACUCAAACCCACCGGCUCACGCGCCUCCGCUUCGUCUCGUAUAAUUUAUAGCCAAUUAAGAACAAGUCACCAUCGAGUUUGCUUACUUUCUCGUAUCACUCACUCACUGUUGGUUAUGUCUACGACCGGACAAGUUAUCCGAUGCAAAGCGGCUGUGGCAUGGGAAGCCGGAAAGCCACUUGAGAUGGAAGAAGUGGAGGUUGCUCCGCCGCAGAAACACGAAGUUCGUAUCAAGAUUCUCUUCACUUCUCUCUGCCACACCGAUGUUUACUUCUGGGAAGCAAAGGGACAAACACCGUUGUUUCCUCGCAUCUUCGGCCAUGAAGCUGGAGGGAUUGUGGAGAGUGUUGGAGAAGGAGUGACUGAUCUUCAGCCAGGAGACCACGUGUUACCGAUCUUCACCGGAGAAUGUGGAGACUGCCGUCACUGCCACUCUGAGGAAUCAAACAUGUGCGAUCUCCUCCGUAUCAACACCGAGCGAGGCGGCAUGAUCCACGACGGCGAGUCCAGAUUCUCAAUCAACGGCAAACCGAUCCACCAUUUCCUUGGCACCUCAACGUUCAGCGAGUACACUGUUGUCCACUCCGGCCAGGUCGCUAAGAUCAACCCUGAAGCUCCUCUUGACAAAGUCUGCAUUGUCAGCUGCGGUUUAUCCACCGGUUUAGGAGCGACUCUGAAUGUGGCUAAACCGAAAAAGGGUCAAAGUGUUGCCAUUUUCGGUCUUGGUGCUGUUGGUUUAGCCGCUGCUGAAGGUGCUAGAAUCUCUGGUGCUGGUAGGAUCAUUGGUGUUGAUCUUAACCCCAAGAGAUUUGAAGAAGCUAAGAAAUUUGGUGUGACCGAGUUUGUGAACCCUAGAGAGCAUGACAAACCGGUUCAACAGGUGAUAGCUGAGAUGACAGACGGUGGUGUUGACCGGAGUGUGGAGUGUACCGGGAACAUCCAAGCCAUGAUUCAAGCUUUUGAAUGUGUUCAUGAUGGUUGGGGUGUUGCGGUGUUGGUGGGUGUGCCAAGCAAAGACGAUGCUUUCAAGACUCAUCCCAUGAACUUUCUGAAUGAGAGGACUCUCAAGGGUACUUUCUUUGGUAACUACAAGCCCAAAACUGACAUUCCCGGUGUUGUUGAAAAGUACAUGAACGGGGAGCUGGAGAUUGAGAAGUUUAUCACUCACACAGUGCCAUUCUCGGAGAUCAACAAGGCCUUUGACUACAUGUUGAAAGGAGAGGGCAUCCGUUGCAUCAUCACCAUGGGUGCUUGA